AUGGCACAUUUACACACCUAUAAAUAUUGGUUUCAGUAUAUCAAGUUUUCUCACACAAUUAAAUACACAAUCAAUUAUACAGUUAUACAAAAACGACGUACUGAGAAUAUGGGCGGGUUUUUGAGGUUGCUUGCAACUGUUGUCCUUAUGUUGAUGCUCAUCUUUUCCAGCGAAAUGGUGGCUGAGGCAACAAGGAAGUGCGAGUCAAAGAGUCAACAGUUCAAAGGACUUUGCUUCAUUAAAGCCAAUUGCGCAGCGGUUUGCCGAACUGAGGGCUUUCACAGCGGCCACUGCCGAGGCUUCCGCCGCCGUUGUUAUUGCACUAAGCACUGCUGAUUCAAAAACUUUAAUAACUAUAAUAUAUCAAUUAUGUUUGGAAUAAUGACAAUUUACUACUUACUCCAUGCACUGAGUAAUGUAGUAAUUGAUUGGUGUGUUGUGAAUGGAUUUUGGUGCCAUUUUCUUUGCUCGGAAAUAAGGUGUGCUUUUUCGAACAAAGGGAAGAGUUGCAAUGAUUGUUGUUUGUGUGGUCUUUCGUUCAUUCUUCUCUGAUGUCAUCAUAAUUUUACCUGUUUCUAUUUUAACAAGAUUUUGAUAAAUGGAGGACAAAUUAGUAAUUCAUGUGAAAUUGGGCUGAAGGACAUAAUUGUUAUGUUCCUUUAAAGAGCUUCCAUUUUAACAAUUAGGGAAAUUUACAUAAGACACUAUAUGAGAGUUAUUUUCAAGUAAAUAUAUUUAUCAAGAAGGAUUUGAUGGA